ACGGCAACAGAGGAGGAGCUUGAACUUUCACCUGUGACUGUUGCGGAUGUAGUUGGCUAACAAGGAAAUUAGAGUUUUUGGUUGGUACAACUAGCAGGCUGUAAAAUCACGAUAUCUACCUCCAAUAAAUCAAUUUGCAGUUUAUUUGUGAAAUAUGUUAAACAAUCGAAUGGAUUUACAUGAUGGCAAAAUGUCGCAAGUUUGGAGAAAAUGACGAGGUGACUUGCUUAACAACAGUGGCUUGGACAUUUGUGAUAUGAUAAUCACAAAAGACAAGUGUGUAAAAUGGACUGAAGUAAUUAGUUGCUAACUAUUGAGAUGUGCUACUAGCUGUACAUAUAAAUAUAUGACCAAUAAGCACUUUAAGUUAUCUUUGCCUACGAAUCACCAAUCUACAUGAACAUCAUGUACUAAGAAAUAAGUAGUUACUGUUUGCAUGCUCUGUUGUCACUUUAAGGUCAAUUCACCUCCACAUACAUUUGUUUUUGCUAACCACACAUAAACAGAGCUGAUCAUGUCACUAGUAGAGCAGUCCCAAAAGUGGUUCCCAACUCAUGUCCAAGCCACUGUUCUUCAAGCAACUGACCUACAAGCUAAGAGUAAGAAUGGCACCAACGAUGCCUACACUAUCAUUCAGCUGGGAAAGGAGAAGUACUCGACAUCUGUGGCAGAGAAAACACUCAGCCCAGUGUGGAGAGAAGAAGCCUCCUUUGAACUGCCAGGUCUGCUUCUGGAGGGCAACCCAGAAAUCUACGAACUAUGCCUCAUCGUGAUGCACAGGUCCCUGGUGGGGAUGGAUAAAUUCCUGGGCCAGAGUACCAUCAAUCUCAAUGAAAUUUUUGAUAACAAGGAGAGAAGGAAAACUGACUGGUACUCUUUGGACUCCAGGCCAGGGAAGAAGAGGAAGGAGAGAGGGAAGAUCCAGGUCAGCAUCCAGUUCAUGAGGAACAACAUGACGGCCAGCAUGUUCGACCUUUCCAUAAAGGACAAGCCCCGCUCGCCCUUCACUAAACUCAAGGACAAGCUGAAGGGUCGCAAGCACGAUGGUGGCUUCUCCGACACCUCCUCAGCCAUCCUGCCCCGCUCCGCCAUGUGUGACUCGGAGACCCUUCGCCAGCCCAAUGCUCCGGACCAUCAGCCCCAGCCAGAGCCCAAGAUCAAGAGACCCUUACUGGCUGGCUCCCAUAAGCUCUCCGCUGCCCACUCCAUGUCCGACCUCAUUGGCACCCACUUCCGCCCCAAGCUGGACUCUAUGAACUCCAUCGAGGAGCUGGAGAAAGGGAGUGGUUCCGCCCCUCACAGGCGCUCCCAGAGUGAGGUGCGAGGCUACCAGAACACAGAGGAACACUGUGACCCUUUUACUGAUAUCAGCGAUGGCCUGCCGCAGAAGUACGCCACCCUCCCACGCAACCGCAACCCAUUUGAGGUGGAGCAGGGCCAGCUGUGGGACCAAGGGGAGAAAAAGGAGAAGAAGGAGAAGGUCAGCCUUCUUGAACGUGUGACCGGGAAGAAGGAGGGACGCAAGACCGACGGGGGGCGUUCGGGCAGCUCUGGAGACCUGCGCUCGCCCAAUCCCUUCAACAGCGACUCUCAGGGCGACAUCCAACUAACCAACCCCUUCAGCUCACACUACAAAGCAAGUGAUAAAAAGCCCACCGGCAAUGAAGACAUCCGACAGGCGAGAGAGAAACAUGGCAAGAAAAAUGAGACGAAGCAGCCGAGCGUGGCCUCCUAUAGCAACUUGUCUUUUGAUGAGGUGGUGCGUGAGCUCAUCAAGCAGAAGGAGGUGGUGAAAAAGAAGGACGCGCAUAUCCGUGAACUGGAAGACUACAUUGAUAACCUGCUGGUCCGCGUUAUGGAGGAUUCGCCGAGCAUCCUACGGACACCCUACGAGCCCAACAGGAAAGCGGGGAAAAUCUCCAAAAAGAAGUAGAGCCAAGGUAGAGAAAGGUCAAAAAUAGAGGCUUGUAAACAGUAAUGUCACGGCCUAGCCAUUUUUUAAAAUGUAUUGUGGGUAUGGAACAGAAAAUGAACAUAAGGGGGAUUGACCAAUGCCAAAUCAGUCGUUUUUGAUUUCUUUACAGAAACUGCAUUGAUGCAGCUUAUAGGUUUUGUAUGGUGUGAUUUGAGUUUACACCAGUUUCCCCAGCAGAAUAUUAUUGUGGAGUGAAGUACAUCCGACGACAUAAAUAUUUGACUUGCAUUAUAACUAACCCCAUGGCUGUACCAUUAUGAUAGGCAGACUAACCUCUGAAUCAGUUGCUCUAUGUCGAUCCACUCAUCCCUUUUAAUUUUGUACCUCCUGCUCUGUUCUUUGCAUGGCAUUCCUAUGUUUUUCAAAUUCUGGUGAAUUGAAAGAAUGGGAAAUGACAUCGUGUAUCUCACAAAUUCAUCAGAAUACCUUAGCAGAAACCAGUGGGAUUCAAAUGAGCUAUCACUGUGUUGACUACGUUCACCGUUUAUUAUGAGAUGAUGAAGAACAAACUAGUGGCGUUAUACCAUGCCUGAUCGUUUCCCAAGGCCUUUAAUAGUCUAUCCAUGUCAUACACUAUUAAAGGCCUUGGGAAACGAUCAGGCAUGGUAUAACCCCACUAGUGCACUUUCACACACGUAACAUGAAAAUCCCAGACCGCUUCUGGAGCGGUUGUUUGAACAUAGAACCACCAUCAAGCUAGAUUUGCGUUUUAACACCAAGGCGAUCUAGAUUGAAUUAAAUAUUUAAAGGAUGCACCUCUUCACCUCUCUCAAAUCAGUUGUACUGAAAAAUUGCACGAUUUAGAUUUAAAAAAUAAUAAUGUCCUCGAGCUUCUAGUAAAGAGAUACAACUUCUCUGAUUGACUGAACUAUGCCUCUUUUAGCCUUUCCAAGUGACUAAAAUCUCUUGAUUAGGUUGCUUUACUUUACUGACUUCAUUGUCCCCAUGGAGAAGUUUUGUUGCAGUGUCAUGUACACGUUUAAAGUGGCGUUUUAAAUACAAAACAAAUUGACAAUACAAUUUUCAUAACAGUUGCAUACCAAUAGAAAGAGACUAGCCUACUGGCCUUACUGGGUGGAUAGGAACAUUAGCCCGAGCUAUUUAGGAGGGAUAUCACACCUGGCACAAAUGAUUGUCUAGUUGUGUUUUUCCUGCUGAGGGGUGCCCUAUACCUGCGCCCAGAGAGGAGUAGUUCAAGUCGCUAGGUGUGGAACUAAGGUUACUAUACCCCAUUUAUAAUUGCUAACUGACUGGAGGAGUUUUGUUUUUAAAUCCCCGACAUUCAUUCUCAACGUUAAAAUGCAUCGCUUGCGGUACGGUUUUGUGAAACAUAAACAUAUCUUUCAUAUCAGUGAGAAAUAAUUUUCAAAAACGAAAUGUUUAUGGGGUUAGGGUUCCCACACGGCCAUAUUUCCAUGUUACAGUGCUUUUUUACGGAAAACAGAAGGAAGACAGAGGCGUACCUGUGCUAAUUAGAUAUCUACCUGUGAGUAAACGGAAGAUGUUUUGGCUACCAGAGCCAAUUUGCCAACAGAACAUGUAAGGUCUUUGGACCACAAGGAGUAACCUUAGUCCAUUAUUAGGCUACGGUUGCUGUAGUAUUUUAAUAAAAGGGUCUAUUUUUUUUAUUUGAUUGCAUGCCUCACUUUUCCCCCCCAAAAAUUAUCCGUUAAACAGUUAAUAAAAUAUAUAUGGCCUAAGUGUUAAAACGUAUCCAAACAAUUGUUAAGAAACCAAAAGGUAAUGGUCUAGGGGUGUGGAUGAGUGGAUCUGUGUGGGUGUGCGCGUGAGUAAGGGCAUGUUGCAGAGACUCAGUGCAGGUGGUCAGUCCAGAUCAAGUGUUCCGGAUUUUUUAAAUUUAACUAGGCAAGCCGGUUAAAAACAAAUUCUUAUUUACAAUGAUGGCCAAACCCGGACGAUGCUGGGACAAUUGUGUGCCGCCCUAUGGGACUCCCAAUCACGGCCGGUUGUGAUAAAGCCUGGAAUCAAACCAGGGUCUGUAGUGACGCCUCUAGCACUGAGAUGCAGUGCCUUAGACCGCUGAGCCACUCGGGGAGCACCAUAGGGCGGCAUUCUUUUGGCUUCUAUUUAGAAAUUGUCUCUGAGCCUGUUGGUAUCAGACCUCAUGCUCCAAUACCGUCUCCCCGACGGUGAAGGGGUGACCCGCUUGUGGCUGGGGUAUGUGAGGUCCUUGAUCUUGCUGUGGGCCUGCCUCAGGCACUGUUUCGAGUAGAUGUCCUGGAUGGGUGGGAGCACGGUAACCAGCUGAGCUAGCAAAUAAUGUAACAAAAGUAGUUUUUGGGAAUCACAAAAUAUACCAACAGGCUCUGCCUUUCAGGAAUCACAGAAGCAAGCUCUCCUGGUGCACUGUUCAGUCAUUUAGCCAUUUAAACAUUUUGUUUUUGGAUAAACUCACUUUUUGCAAUGCCCUCAAUGGCUUCCAUGCUUUUAAAAUGUGACCUUGUCCGAGGGGUCGGUCUUGACAACACUUUCUAUCUGUUGGAGUGCUUUGAUUGCCCCAAAUUCUGCGGUCGGGCUUAGUGAAGGGUCAAUUGAAUAGGGUUUGCAAUUUUUAAUAGGUCUGACAUGAAAGCGUGAACCAACAUAUAGCCAUAACAAAUAUGGCCGCUUGAUGCGGUAUUCAACCCAAAUGCUCUUAUGUGAAUGUAGUCAAGUAUAUGUUUACCAGAUGCUCCAGAGGCAGUCGUGUGCUGUUGGCAGUGGUCAAGUGGUUGAGUACUGCAGAGCAUUAAUGACUGUGUUUACACUUCAGACCAAGACGCAGGAUUAUGACACAAGCUCUACACUCUGCCAAUCAGCCCGCCACUGCGCUUACUGCAAUACAAGAUUGUGUUGAUAUGCAGGUAUGAACAUGCUGUUAUUGCCUGUCUGUGACUGAUGUGAGCUUUUUGGCAUUAGGAUGGUUUGGACCUACAGUAUCUGUUGACAUUUGCCAUCUUAGUACAAAAAUAUAUUAUUUAAAGGUACUCUUAUGAGAGUAGGUACUACUGAAUUUUUUUUACUCAAAGCAUGCAUUUCCAAACACGCAUCCGAAAACGAUGUGACACUGCAUUCCAAUUUUGUGACCUUGCAGUGAAAACUAAAAAAAAUGUGUCAACACUGUAUUCUCUGGUCAAUUUUGAUGAUAUGGAAUGUGUGGGCAUCGUGCAGGUGCAGAAUGUAAUUGAGUGGAGGCAAACUGAAGACAGUGCUAUUGAAGCCUCCCUAAUAUUUACACCAAAGUUAAUUCAUUCAAAGAGCUACCAUUGUCCAGCAUAUCAACUCUGAAGUCAUCGCUUUUGGGUUUGUUAUUUUAGAUUUUUCAGUGACUCUUGAUUUUGUUUUUAGGAUCAAGCGCAUUGUACGACCUUAAUUUGCAUUAAGUGUAGGCUCAUACAUUGUCAUACAAAAAUGUGUAUAAACCAUUGGUCAAGUUAUUCUCGCUUUACUCUACUAGUAUGGCUUUACACAGACAGAAAGAUGAAGUGCAAUCAUAAUUUAGCGACAUGCUUAAUAUUCUAUUGGUGUCCACAAAUUGUUUACACUUUGAAUCAUUAUGUUGUGUACUCAAGUGGAACACGUCUGAAUGACAUCCGUUCUACACUUGUGAUCUGUCGUUGUUUGUCAACAGCGAGAAAAUAUGAUUCCAUUAGGUAGAAGUGGUUACAUUUUUGUUCGUUUCUAGAUUUACUGAUUUCUUGCUUGAAUUGUUUUAACUAUUUUGACGGAAAUAUAAUCAAGGUACCUAGCUACAUAGCAAUGCAUUUGCAGGCUGAUUUUUAAUGUAUUGAUUUUGUUAAAAUGUUACACUGCCCAUUGACAGAUCAAAGUGCUCUUGACUAAUUGCUCUCCACAAAGGCUAUCGGUUAUAUUUUACUAGUAAUACACUGUGUACUAACUUAACACAUCCAGAAAACCAAACUAUCAGUACAGAUUGUAACAAGGGCUCAAGUUAACCUGUUUAUUACAAUUUAUAUGUGAUCAUUCAUGACAUUUUCAUGUUUUACUGAAUAAUUUGUCAUACAUCCUUCACACUGUCCAAAGCAAGGCCAAAUAUAUAACAUAUCAUGACAGUUUUACAAUCAAUGUAGGCUAACUCUGUUAUGAAAUGUUACCAUAAAUAGUACUAUGACGACAUAACAAACAGUAUCAGCUUGUCAAAAAACGGACCACCCUCAAUUUGAAUAAUUUGUGUCACCGUGGCGUAUCGCUUCAUAACACAUACAAUGUCUGUUCUACAUAGCCUACACACAUUCUGCUGUUACCUUUAUUGCCAAGUAUCAAUGUAUGCUUUAAGCAGGCAGUUGCCCCGCUCUGUACGUCGUCAUAUUUCUGAGUCUACUUUUCUUUAAUAGUUACAUACACUGUAAUGCUUUUCAAAAAGGUUACUACGUCUUAGUUAUUACUUUAUUGCUGUAAGUAGGUCAAACUAUUACUGUGUUACUGAAAUAUUUUCCCUCAAGAUGUACUCACCUAAUUAGCAGAACGGUUUACAUUUUUGUCAUGUUUUUUUUCUUUUUGUAGAAUGUUGUGCCAUUUCCAGUGUUAUAUGCUUGGUAUUUUAGAUUAAUGUUACAAAAGUUGUGUACUAAUUGUAUUGUGACCCCUGUUGUGAACUAUUGAUUCCUCAGAAGUCUAAAACAUUGACCACACUGAGUUGCAUAGUCACACAUUUGAGACAAUUUUUGUUGCUUUUUCCUGUCUUUUGUCUACUAUUUUUUUUAUUUGGUAAACUUUUACUGUCUAAUUUUUAUAUUCUUUAUUUGUAAAGUUACUGGAUGUCCACACAUCAAGUCAGGAUACAGCCCUAAGUGAACAUGUGAGAAUUUUACGACAUUCCUUUUCGGAAGUUCAAAACCGCCAGAGGCUUCAAUUUCAGAACUGUUUGGAUGACUCACUCUACAUUAAAAAGGGCUAUCUCAUUGCUUUUUUUUUUUUACUGCAAAAUCGUCCCAAUUCAGUCGCAGUAAAGUAGGACAAAGAGAAUUUAAUUGUAUUCCACAAAAUGCAAAAGCUGCCUUUUUUAUAAAGCUUGUCCUAGCAAGCAUCACUGACACACUUUUUUGUUUUCUUGCACCUAUUGUGUACAGAUUCUUAGCCUCUCUUAAAUGUAUUUUGUUUUUGAAAAAAGCUUCCCCCCCAAUUUUUUUUAUUCUCAAUCUUUAUCUAAAUCGUCCUCUAUUGAAUGUAGGCUCUAAACUGUGCCCUCGUUCAUUAUACUGAUUUAUAAUUAAGCAACAUUUCUUCCUCAUGUUUUAAAAUUUGACCUUUAUCCAGACCAGCUACUGUUUUUACCAUAAUUCAAAAUGACUUCAUGUACAUAUACAUUAUUCAGCUGUUUGUAUUUGACUUUGAAUGUGUUUUGAUGCAACAGAAAUUACUUUAUCCAGAAUAAGAUGGGGUAACACACAUGCUAACGAAUAACAACAGAUGUUUGUGUUGCGCCGUAAAUUCAAAGGUAAUUUGUUAGAAUUUUUACAGCGACAUUUAUAGCAGAACUAAUACUCUUGCUCCAAUGAAUCUUCCAUUUUUAUUGAAAAAUGUGAUGAUAAUGAAAUCUCAUGAAUUCAAUCAUGUGAAAAAGCUAGGACAAUAUUAUUAAAUGUUCAAAUGGCUGUAUAGGAUUGGGGGGGCAUAUUCAUUUCAUGCUAAAUGAGGUAAUAGGUGUUUUCUUCAGCAUCCGACAACUAGGUUGAUGUUGAAGUCUCACAAUGUCUACAUUGAGAGAUCUCCAUGGAGACAGCAUCAUUGAAAGCACUGAACUCCAUGAAGGCUGUUACGCUUACAAAUAAAUAAUACAACUAUAAUACCAGUUUCAAGCCCACAAUCACUGUUUAUGUUUAGUAUUUAAAAUCCUGUCAUUGUGUUGCUAUACAGCUAAUAUUCUAACCUUUUCUCCAUUAGUUAAUUCCAUAGCACAUCUUUGUACCUUUUACUUAGCACUCAGAUAAUGAUUCACUAACUCUGCAGUUCGCUUCCAUCCUAAAUUGCAUGUCAGUUAUUUUUGCAAUACAGCUUCAUACAAUUGUAUCACUUUCUGUUUAGAGAGCCAUCACAGUUGCUCAUAUAUGUGUAUGAAAAAAGAACAGUAUUUGAUCAAAAUCGAGAUUGUACAAUAAUACGAGCAGGAAUGUCUCCAAACACCUCUUCCUUGUAUGGUGGCAAUGGCACUAAACUUUUCCUUAUGCAUUUCUUUAACCUUAGGUGCAGUUCACGAAGGCGGGUGUAAGUUUGCACAAGACAAUACAAUUUUUCACUUUAUGCAAAAGUUUGUCGGGGUGUGAAGGCAUGUGGGGUUGAGGGGAAAAAUGUGGUUUGUUUGGAAAACUGUUGAUUGUGAUACUGAACAAAAAAAUGAAUGUCAUGUCUAUGUUGGCAUACAAGGUAUAAUUUUGGGGACAACAAUGCAGAUUAUGUAAAAAGCUAAGAAUGGUGCUGCUUGACAUGACUGCUUCAAAAGCUUUCAGUGUGAACUGUAUGUUUAUUGUCCAUCUCUCACACACUGUCCCACCAAAAGCUGGUUGCUUCCUAACUAUUUAAACAAUUUUGGCAUGUGGCAUGGAUGUACUUACAUGAAUGUGUUUAGAGUAGAAAUGUUUUAGGAAUUGUCAGUGAUCCAUUGGAUAACAAAUUUGGAAGCCACAAACAAGAUGAUUGCAUUGCUCUUUUCAAUAAAUACACUGUACUUCUUAAAGAAAA